AUGACUGCUCCUAAAAUAAUCUUUUAUUUCGACAUUGGCAGCCCCUUCAGCUGUAUUGCAUUCCAUGCAUUGAGGACAUCCCCCGUAUUCGCGACAUGUGACAUUGACUAUGUCCCCGUCUCUCUGCGAGACCUUUUUCAGUUAUGUCAAAACACACCUCCCAUUGCAGUCAAGAAUAAGUUCCAAUGGAUUAACCGAGAGCGUAUCUAUUGGGCUCGUCGCUUCCAGGUUCCCAUGUCCGAAGCCAUCCCAGAAGGGUUUCCCGCAUCCACUUCGGACGUUCAACUCGCUCUCUCCCUUCUGUCUACCAAAUUCCCCGAUAAGCUGAUUCCCAUCAUGGAAAAGAUCUAUCGUGGGUUCUGGGAAGAGGGAAACUCAGAUGUGCUCACUCAGCCUGGUUUCUCCACUCUCUUUGAGAGUGAGCUUGGCGCCGAGAACGCCAAGCGAAUUUUGGAUGAGUUCAAAGGUACUGAGGCAAAAGCCGUUUUGGGUGAGGGUACCCGAGAUGCUUUCACUUCCGGCGCCUUUGGCUUGCCUUGGUUUGAUUGUAUAGAUUCUCAGGGGGCGAAGGAAGGUUUCUGGGGGAUUGAUCAUUUGGGACGUCUCGUGGACUUUCUGCAGUUAGACGCCAGCCUAGACAAGUCUUUCCGAGUCUUACUCUAA